UUCGUUCUACAUUAUCACCUUAUUAACGAUAGACAGCUCUUUUUGCGUUACACAUUAAAAGUCAACUAGUCCAGUUAGCUUUGGUAUACUUCAGGUCCAUGACUAUAUAGGUGUUGCUAAAUCCAAUCCGACAAAAUGUCUCAGUCGAGGAUUACCAGUAUUAGUGGGCCAACAGCCUCACUGACUUUUAUAGGGAUUCCGUACUCCGAUAUCGACAGAACAGGACACUGGGCUGUCUGGAGUAUUUCCAAAAUGUUUGAAGCUGCACGCUUGUUCUCACUUCUUGCUGGGUUCGUGGACUAUAGAAAAAUAGUUGACGAGGACCAUGCAUUAGCCAUUAUCAAGCAACAGUUGAAUUUAGAUCCUGAGUUACAAAGAGCGAGUUUAACACCAGCGAUGAAAUUAAACUUUGAUGUAGAACUUAUACAAUUGAAACAAACUUCCUUCACAAUAGUUACUAAUUUAAAAAAUGGGACCACAGGGAAAAUUCUUGGAGAAAAUUUUAUGAAAAUAGUAAGAAUAAAUCGGACAACGCGGCGGUCGUCUUCAUUUCCUGAAUGGUUUUACAAAAAGUAUGCAGCUUUCAUGAAUAUUCCUGGACAUCCAAGUACUGAAAAGGAAGAGUUACCAGAAAUUCCCAAGAAUGCUUAUAAAUAUGACGUCAUUCCAGGGCACAGCGACGAGGAUGUUAAUUGUCACCUGAAUCAAUCCUCAUAUAUUCGAUUUUGCAUGGACGCAGCAACGAGGGCAUCGUUGAAUGGGUAUUAUGAACAUUACACAAGAGAUAUGUGUUUAUACCCCUCAAUACAAUGGACUAUUAGUUAUGUGGGGGAGAGUAUUGCUGGUGAUCAGUUGACUAUAUUUACAUGGCAAAAAGAACACACUCCCGACAACAUACAAUUUGCUAUCGAACGAAAUGGCAAUCUAAUUUUCUAUGCAUCAACAGUAUUUGGUAAAAUCGCAAAAGAGAAAAUACUUUGGCACAAAUUGUGAAAAGAUAUUUUAUUUUGUGUAUUGAUUCAUAAUUGAAUAAAACAAUCACUAAAAUUUAAAUAUGUCUGCAGAUAGAAUUGCAUUCCAUGUACCCAGUUCUUGCUGGUUUCUUUUGUCAAAAGAGUUCAACUGAAAUAUGAGAUCAAAUGGCAGAAAUUCUGCCAUCGGAAUGUGUAAAGUGGUUUAGAAUAUUAAAAUUUGAGUGUUUGAAUCAAAUUUCUAAAUUUCUAAAAAUUUAAAACGUUUGAAUGUUGAAAUUUAGAAGAUUAAAGUAAAUUUUAAAUAAUCAAAAUAUGUUUCAGAAGUUUGGACAGUUAAGUGUAAACUUUCUGAAUAAACGGCAGAAAAAAAAACUCAACAGUUUCGAAUGCAAAAAUCGUUUUUAGUUUCAAUUUUGAAUAUUUCAGGC